AUGUCCAACACCACAAACCCAGACCCCGCCCAAGGCGCCCCCGCCUUCAUCCCCCUCGAAGCAAACCCCCAAGAAAUGACCCGACUCAUCCACAAGCUCGGCGUCUCGUCCGCCCUCCAGCUCCACGACGUCUUCUCCCUGACCGACCCCGAGAUGCUCUCCUUCACGCCCCGUCCCGCCCUCGCCCUUCUUCUCGUCUUUCCCGUCAGCGCCGUCUACGAAAGCCACCGCAUGGCCGAGGACAACACCGCCGACGAGUACAAGAGCGCCGGGGAGCAAGAGCCCGUCAUAUGGUGGAAGCAGACUAUCAAAAAUGCGUGCGGGUUGAUGGGUCUGCUGCAUGCUGUUUCGAAUGAACAAGGAUCCAUCCUAGACGAACUCCUCAAGAAGUCCAUCCCCCUUCCCCCACGAGAACGAGCGGCAGUCCUCGAAAAGACAGAUGACAUCGCAAGAGCACACAGAGAAGCCGCCUCAGAGGGAGACUCGACUGUGCCCGACGCCGAAGAUAACGUAGAUUUGCACUACGUGUGCUUCGUCAAGGGCAGCGACGGCGCCAUGUGGGAGCUAGAUGGGCGGCGGAAAGGCCCCAUUCGCCGUGGGGAACUCAAAGACGACGAGGACAUGUUGAGUGAAAAGGCGCUGAGUUUGGGGGGUCUCAAGUUUUUGGAGAGGGAGGGCAGUGAUCCCAGAUUCUGCGCCGUGGUAUUAUCAGCGGCGUCGGAGUAG